GCCGGCCGGCGGUUUUCCAUCUUGAAAUUCUAUGGAUUUACACCGAAUUUGCAGCUCAAAUGUUGCGCUGACAUGUCGACUAGACUCCGGGAGGCUUUAUGAAGGCUUGCCACCGACCACCCCGCGAUGGCAGCGGCGUCCGCCGCCAGCCUGCCAGCAAAAAUUUUGGAGUUGAUUUUCUCAUGUUUGGAUCUGACUGAUGUGCUAAACUGUGCGACCGUCUGCAAAUCGUGGCACAACUGCCUCAACGAUGAGAACUCCCUGGUUUGGCGAGUCCAGUGCACCCGUAAACUUGCUGGCGAGGCCAGAAAAGGAGACCUUUUAUCUGAGGUCCCGAGUUACAAGGCAAAACUACGGGCUUACUACCAUUCUUUUAACCCCGGAGAUUGCUCAAGGAAUGUUUAUGUUAAACAAAAUGGGUUCACACUGCACCGAAACCCGGUGGCGCAGAGUACGGACGCUGCCCGGGGUCGAAGGGGCUUUCGUAACGGCAGACACGCCUGGGAAGUGUGGUGGGAGGGGCCGCUUGGAACGGUAGCAGUUGUUGGGAUUGCUACCAAGAACGCACCCUUGCAGUGCCAGGGAUAUGUGGCACUUCUUGGGAGUAAUGACCAGAGUUGGGGAUGGAAUUUAGUAGACAAUUACCUCUCGCAUAAUGGCGACCACCAGGGAAACUUCCCACAAUGCAAUAAUGCGCCGAAGUAUGAGGUCGGUGAUAAAAUACGGGUUAUUCUAGACAUGGAGGACAACUAUUUGGCCUUUGAGCGGGGAUAUGAAUACCUAGGGGUGGCCUUCCGUGGUCUUCCGGACGAGCAGCUUUUCCCGGCAAUAUCGGCUGUGUACGGAAACACGGAAGUAACCAUGGUUUACCUCGGCGAACCCUUGGAUGGAUGAUAGAGGGCGCUCUUUACUGUUCAACAAUAAUCCCCCCUAAGCCUCCUCCAGCCACCAAGUGUCUAAAAGAGCUUUUGCUUUCGCAAGGGAUAUUCUCCGAGCAUUGUUGGCCGCUUGUGGAAUCGCAGGAGCGCCGAAGUAACCAUGGUUUACCCUGGUGAACCCUUGGAUGGAUGAUAGAGGGCGUUCUUACUGUUCGACAAUCCCCCUAACCUUUCUCCUGCCACCAAGUGUCCAAAAGUGAUCUUUUCCGAGCAUUGUUGGCUUUUUGUGGAAGCGCAGGAGUGUGGUUUUUGAUGGCAGAUGCUAGGAUGUAAGAGGGCGCCCUUAGCGUCUGAUUGUCGUGGGACCCCCGUCAUCACGGAGAUACAUUGCAAGGGAUCAACAGCUUCCUCCCAGCAUGACUAUUUGCUGGGCCUUGAAGCAGAGAAAUCCACACAGCGAACCACGCACACAACAGCGCACCACGGCGAACCACGCACACAACAGCGCACCACGGCGAACCA